AUGGUCCGCCCUGAAGGCAACGAACCAACACGACCGUGUCGGGUGCCACCACCGGAGGACCCCUCCAAGCCAGCACCAGGACGAGAAGAGGAGCGGAGAAUAGAAUUAACCGAUUGUCUCGACCACAGCCACCGACGCACGGCGAUCGGAGCCAUCCUUGCCACACUCUCCCGUGAGCCGAAAACCCCUAUCAUCCCCCACAGCCAACCGGAAAAGGCGAGACGCUGCAGGGGAGGGGUGGACGACCAGCGGGGAGGGGCGCCAAAAGCCCAAGAGUCGAUUCGGAGAGAUGGGGCCAAUGUGCUGGAGGAAGGGAGGCUCCGUUGA